UUCUUCUUAUUUUAUAGGGGUGCUGUAAUUAAUCAUUUGUGUGUGUGCUUAAUUUGGAUUCCCAGUAUAUUAUAUAAGGAUAAAUGUGAUUGAGCCAUCAAGGGGUCAAUGCUUUAAGCACAUUUAGCAGUCUGCCAAAGGAAAAGCUGACAAAACGAGGAUGUGUGAAUGCAGUUUAUUGUUUCCACUGCUGGAGAGUUGCUUCUGUACUCUGAGAAUGGUCACAAAGCAACAUGUGACUGCACAGCUGUUGUGGAACUGCACGUUCUAUUUUCUGGGUACACUUGGAAGCGGAACCAGCUGAAACGGAGUUACAUUUUAGUAUUAAAGGGGAUUUCAAAAACUUUUUUUUGCAUAAUGAAAGAAUUUCAAUUUACAUUUAUUCCAGUUUUAAAGUUGGUUUUAAAGUUAUUUAUAAAAGUAAUUUCUACUAAAUGCAGUAUCUUUCUGACUGUUUACAUUCUCUGUAGUCCUGGCUCUGACUCCUGAAAUACUGGAGUAGAAGCAGCUGAUUAAACUUACGUCUAUUACAUUGAAUCAACAACCAUCUUCAGAGAAUAUAAAAAAAAUAAACAUCCUGUUUUCAAAUCCAGUUACAUUUACAAAUCACAAAACUACAGAUAUAUUCUAUAUGUCUGGUCUGGUUAAUGCCUUUUUUACUCAUUGCAUUGCAUUAUGCUGACAAUAACUGUAGAGGAAUGUGAUCUUUGUGACAACACUGUACUUUGUACUUGUGUUUGAAGAAAUCUCUGAGCUAACUUGCUGAAUUCAAGGUAAUACUUUGGAAUUCCUUCUGCUUUUAAGAUUGCUUGGUAAAUCAACAGCGUCGCCAGUGCAAUUAUAUUGCAAAUCCGCUAGCCAUUAGGGCUUGUAGUGUGCAUGAUCCUGGGAUCAGACCUGGAACCAGCUUUUAAACUUCCAGCUGGAGGGAGGCAGAAUACAAAGGUAAAUAUGGCUUCUCAAAAUAAACACAGUGAUGUCCUUAAUAACAACAAGCCAGCCCUUAGAGAAGAGCAAGCUGUGCAGUUGAUUGAGUCUUUAUAUGGCUUAAAAGUAUCAAAUAUCAAAGCCCUACCAAGCUAUGAUGAUCAGAAUUUCUAUAUUAAAUCAUGUUGUAAAGACCCCAGUGGUUGCUGUGAGUAUGUGAUGAAGAUAACCAAUAGUGAAGAUAGCAGAUAUGGAGAACUUCUGGAAGCUCAAACAUGUGUCAUGGUGUUUUUGUGCAAUAAUGGUGUUCCUGCUCAAAAACCUGUAUGCACAAUAAAUGGUCAGAACCUCUCAUUAGAAACUAUAGACUAUGGGUCAACAAUAGAAGAACAGGCAGUGAGACUUCUGACAUACCUUCCAGGAACACCACUUGCAAAAAUUGUAGCAACCCCUGAAAUGUUGUUUGAUGUUGGUAAAAUGGCAGCUAAUAUUGAUAAAAUGCUGGCUGAGAAUUUCCAGCAUCCAAAUAAAACAUGUUUUGAGCGGGGUCAGUUUAUUUGGAAUUUAUCAAACACGCCCUUGCUGCAAAAAUAUGUUCACGCAGUUAAAGAGGAGGAACUGCAGAAUAUAAUUGAAGGAGUUAUCACGCAGUAUGAGACGUUUGUACUGCCAAAUCUGAGUUGUUUUCGCAAAUGCAUAAAUCAUGGAGAUCUGAAUGAUCACAACAUACUAGUAGAAAAGACCAGUUCCCCUGGAAGUAUUCAGGAGCAAUACAAAGUGUCUGGAAUUCUAGAUUUUAGUGACAUGAGCUAUGGCUACUAUAUUUUUGAGUUGGCAAUCACUAUAAUGUAUAUGAUGAUUGAAAGCAAUGAUCCACUUCAUGCUGGAGGCUAUGUACUUGCUGGAUUUGAAAGUGUUAUUCCAUUGACUGCUGAAGAAAAAGAUGCUCUGUUCUUCUUGGUGAACUGUAGAUUUUCUCAGUCACUGGUAAUGGCCAGGUACAGUGUCCUGUUGUGCCCAGAGAACGAGGAAUAUCUUAUGAUAACAGCUAAAACUGGUUGGAAGCAUUUGAAAACUCUACAUAAUAUGGGCAAAGAAGCCGUUGAGAAGAUCUGGUUUGAGACAGCAGACUCAUAUGUUGCUAACCAUUAGCUUGUUUGAUGUACCUUUUGGAGGAUGAAAUAGGGGGAUGGCACAACUUGGCAAUGCACAUUUGCACCUUUAUUUGUCUCCAGAUUUGGCCUUUUUUACUUGUAAGAAUUAGAAGCAAAUAGGAAAAAAUAAUUGAAAUUAGGAACAAAUUAUUUGCCAUGCUGAUUUGUGCUUAAGGGCUGUACAAUUAAGGAAUCUGUAUUUGCAGCAAUAAACUACCGUAAUCCUGAUGAGUGAGGUAAAUUGUAAGAAUAGCAGAUUAAUUUAAACUCAUCUGUAAUGAUACGUAUUGUAUUCCCUGAUGGCCCUACCCUUGUGUAAUGAUUUACAUGCCUAAAUAAGCAUUUUUAUAAUCUUUGUGACUUGUAAAAUCUAUUACAGUAGAAAUGGGAUUUUAGUGCUGAAAGUUGACAAAGAAUCUGGUAUACUGAACAUAUUGUAUUCCUGAUGUUGCAAAACUACACCUUCAGUUUCUAAUGAACAGAAGACGACCGUUAGUUGAAAUGUUCCCCAGACAUACAGUACAGCCUGCUUAGGGUUUAAAAGGUGCACACAACACUUUCAAGUACUUUAACUGAAUAUCUUCCAGUGUGUGCCUGAAAAGAAUACCAACAUUCUUGAAGACAAAUAAGUAAUAUUUAUUAAAUGACUUUAUAUAGGUAACCAUCUUUACUAUAUAGUCACCUGUUAAUAGCAUGAAACAGUACUGACCCCACUUACUUUCUAGACUUUCCUAUACAAAUAGUGGCCUCUUGAAUUUCACCAUCUAAGGCAAAAUUUGGUACUACUGCAUGUUCUACCUUCAUAAUUCCCCAACUUUUCUGUAAAAGAAUUUGAUAUACACAAAAGCUAUAUAUGGCAUAUUUAUACAUAAUCUGCAUUAAUUACUUGAGGGUACAUAUACGUUUAGUGAGAUUCUACUACAGAAAAAUGAUCUGUUGUACAGAUACCAUUGUGCCAUUUGUUAUCAGUUACAUUCUAAAGUCAAUGGUUGCUGCCAUCUCCGUAAUGCUGCACUGGUUGAUAUUGCGCUUCAUUUUUACAUAGCCAUCUUCGCCCCAUUCCUUGCCCCAGCUGUAAGAAAAAUUAUAAAAAAAAUGUUAAUGUUAUUCAAGGGUGCGGACUUCAUUUUAACUUGACAAAAUUUUCAAGCAGCUGAUUAAAAUAAGGUCACACAUAUGUUUUUUAGCAAAGAUUUAAUGCAUUAUAAGUGUUUUAUAACAGACAAUAUCCCUACAUUCAGUAUAGAAUAUAUAUAAAUAUAAGAUCUAUUAUUUGGAAAGCUUGGGAGGGUGAUCUUUCCAUAAUCUGAACCACCAUACUGUAACUCGGCUGAAAAUCAUAUUAAUAAACCCAAUUGGAUUGUUUUGCUACCAAUAUGGAUUCACGCAGCUUUGUUACCAUCAAGUAGAAGAUACUGUUUUAUUAUUGAAUAGAAAAAGGAAAUAAUUUGUAAAAAUUAAAAUUAUUGUUUAAAAUGUACCUUAUGGAUAACAGGUUUCUGGAAAAUUAAUCCCAUAACAAUCCCAUCAAUUGCUUUUGCCAACUGUACUUGUGCAAUUUAGCGCCUGUUUCUAUUUAAUUUUUAUACAGUGCUCACCGCAUUUCAGGGCUUAACAUUUCUGUGGGGUGUUAGAGAUUAGAGCACUAACACCCUAUAGCAUAUAAUAGAAUUGGACUGAUCAAAGCAGUCAAACCUAUUCUGAAGAACUGAUACAUUGACCAAAGUUUUAAUAACACCAUGCUUUUAUAACAUUUAUUAAAAAUGCUUUAAUAAAUAUGCCAUUUCCUAAGUUUUUUUUAACACUCAGAAUAUAACAAAACACACAUUUCUAAAUCUUUAUCUAUAUUUACUCCCAUGUGCAUGAGAACCUUUUUUUCUGCCAUGAUAUAAUGAUUAUGCAGAGCUUCAACUCCACACAGUCAAUAUUUAAUUAGAAAUAAAAUUAUUAUUAGUGCAUGUGUGCUGUUGUUAUAAUAAGAUAAUUAUAUUAAGAAGCAAUAAUGCAACAAUGCACUGGAGAUUGCAAACAUAAGCAGCCGUGGCACUCAGCCCUGACUUAUUCUACUACAUAUAAAUGUAAAGGUAAGAAUGACUGGAGUACAGUAAAUGGCCUGUUGAAUUACUUCACUCUGAAAAUUGUAUUUAUGUGAGAAUCCAUUAAAAAUAUACCUGUUCUUUAUGA